CUCAUUAUUCACCAGCAGGUCCAUGGUUCGAGGGCGGUCGCGUUUCUGUUAAGCCAGCGUGCAAGCGCAGCAGUGGCGGCUCUCACACUGCAUUCCUUUUUUUUUUUUGAAGAAUUUUAUUUAUAUAUAUAUAUAAACAAAGAUCUCAGAGCUAAAUCUUCGCUCCCUUCCCUUCUUGGCGUCUUCAGUCAUUCAUUGCCCGAAUACCCAGCACUCUUGUCCUUGCUUCUUUGCUUCCUUGCUUUCCUUCGUCUCUCGAUGAGCGCGGCCCUCUCGAGGCACCUCGGUGAUGCUCGCCGGGCUGUGCAUCACGGGGUAGAGAUGAGAACGCUUUUUCGAAGCUUUGGGUCUCGGGAUCCGAGGCUGUUGGAGGCUACCAGAUUGGAUCCUUGUCUAGGGACUAGUGGGACGGGGUAUCUUCGCGAAAGUUCAAGUUUUGGUGCUUUUCGAGCUUGUGGUGAUCGUGAUCGGCUGGUUUCGGGUGAUCGAACUGGUCUGCUGAAGCAUCUUUCUGGCUUCCUCUUGAAUUCCAAUUCUUCUUCUCUGAUUGGUAGUCAUGUAAGAGAUGUGAGCAAUUUGUAUAAGGGGCAUGCAUUUUUUUCAACGUCUCCUAGUAACUUGAACACAGCAAAGCCAGCUGAAGUAACUGUGAAGCAUUUACAAAAUAACACUGCGAAAAAGGAAUCUCAAGAUAUUCCAGACAUAAAGAUCCUACGCACUCUUGGGAAGUAUUUGUGGUUGAAGGACAAUGCUGAGUUUCGCUUGAGGGUGAUUUUUGCAUUGGGUCUGCUUGUUGGGGCAAAGGUUAUAAAUGUUCAAGUGCCAUUCUUGUUCAAGCUUGCUGUUGAUUGGCUUUCAACUAUUGUUGGUUCUGGUAAUACAAUGGCAUCAUUCACAGAUGCCAAUUCCACUCUUCUUGCACUUUUUGUGAGUCCAGCUGCAGUUCUAAUUGGUUAUGGAGUAGCUCGUGCUGGGGCAUCUGCUUGUAAUGAACUGCGUAAUGCGAUGUUCUCUAAAGUAGCAUUGAGGGCUAUCCGUACGGUUUCUAGGAAGGUGUUCUGCCACUUGCAUGAACUUGAUCUUCGGUAUCAUUUGAGCCGUCAAACAGGAGCACUGAAUCGCAUCAUUGACCGCGGUAGCCGUGCGAUAAACUUCAUCCUUUCAUCUAUGGUAUUCAAUGUUGUUCCAACCAUCUUAGAGAUCACCAUGGUAUCAGGUAUUCUUGCAUACAAUUUUGGUGCUUUGUUUGCAUGGAUAACUUCUCUUUCUGUCGUGGCAUAUAUUGCCUUCACUCUUAUUGUUACACAGUGGAGGACUAAGUUCAGGCAAGCUAUGAAUAAGGCUGAUAAUGAUGCUAGCUCACGUUCAAUUGAUUCACUUCUGAAUUACGAGACAGUUAAGUAUUUCAAUAAUGAGCCUUUUGAAGCUGAGAAAUAUGAUGCACUUUUGAAAAAGUUUGAGGAUGCUGCUUUGAAAACACAAACUAGCCUUGCCUACCUGAACUUUGGCCAAAAUGCAAUAUUCAGUGCAGCUUUAUCAACAGCAAUGGUGUUAUGUUCAUAUGGAAUUAUGAACAACACCAUGACUGUUGGAGAUCUGGUUAUGGUCAAUGGACUGCUUUUCCAGCUGUCUCUACCUCUCAAUUUUCUUGGAACAGUUUACCGUGAGGCAAGACAGAGCCUUAUUGAUAUGAAGGCCAUGUUUCAAUUGCUGGAGGAGAGGCCUGAAAUCAGAGAUGAACAAAAUGCACAACCUCUAAAAUUCAAGGGAGGUCGCAUUGAAUUUGAUAAUGUGAUUUUUGGAUACCUGCCCGAACGGAGGAUUCUUGAUGGAGCUUCUUUUGUUGUACCUGCAGGACACAGUGUCGCGAUUGUUGGUACCAGUGGCAGUGGUAAGUCAACUAUCCUCAGACUGCUCUACAGAUUUUUUGACUCCGACUCUGGAGUUAUAAAAAUUGAUGGUCAAGACAUCCGGAAGGUGACCCUUGAAAGUCUUCGUAAGUGUAUUGGUGUUGUUCCCCAAGAUACUGUACUUUUUAAUGACACAAUCUUCCACAAUAUACAAUAUGGUCGGCUAUCAGCAACUGAGGAUGAGGUCUAUGAUGCUGCCCAACGUGCAGCUAUACAUGAUACAAUCAUGACCUUUCCAGAAAAGUAUUCAACAGUUGUUGGAGAGCGGGGCCUAAAGUUAAGCGGUGGAGAAAAGCAGCGGGUGUCACUUGCUCGUGCAUUUUUAAAGGAGCCUUCUAUUCUGUUGUGUGAUGAAGCCACCAGCGCACUUGAUAGUACAACAGAAGCUGAAAUACUUGGUGCCUUGAAGUCCCUAUCGAACAACAAGACUUCAAUCUUCAUUGCUCACCGCCUCACAACGGCAAUGCAGUGUGAUGAGAUUGUGGUUUUAGAGAAUGGAAAGGUUGUAGAACAAGGUCCGCAUGAAGUUCUCUUAUCAAAAGCAGGGAGAUAUGCGCAGCUCUGGGGACAACAUAACAAUGACGACAUGGCAAUCAAAUUAGAAGCUUGAGGUUAUUUUUCUGUUUUUCGAUUUUUUUUUCCUACUAGGAGGUGCUUCACAGUUUCUGAGAUUACUGGUAAAAAUAUGCUAAGAGGAAAAUAAAACUGUCGGAUAGGUGGGCCCCUUUUCCUUGAAGUAUGAUGUCAACAAUUUUAUGAUUGGAUUUUUUUUUUUUCCCAAACAUCAGUGCAUGAGAAAAGUUAGAUGAACACAAAAAUUGGGCUACCUUCCAGAUCAUGGAUUUCACAGUGACAUGAAGGAAAAGAUAAGUUGUGCCAAUGCCAAACCAUCUUCCAUAUUUGGAUUUGGAAAUGACUGAAGUUGUUUGAUGGUGAAACUUUGCUCUCUUUGAUGAUGACCUGCAACUCUUUCAUUCAUAAGCUAUUCUGUGCUUGAAAGUGCCAGUAGCAUUCAUAUUUUGGUCCCUAGUUUUAGUUUUUGUGCAGCUUGAGAAGAACAAUGCUGGAACUUUCUGGAAAGCUGGGAGAAGUUGGAAGUUCUAACUCAGCAUGCUAUUUUGAUACCAAACUCCUGAGCAAAAAUAAGGGCUCUCUUUGUGUAUCCCAUGGUUGAAAAAAAAUAAUAAUUACUAUAUUAUAUUACAAAAUCAUAUAUGAGGUUUAAGGUUAUGACAGUU